UUUACGUCACUGCACGUGGGAAACACUUUCAUUAGGUAUUCAAAAAUAGUAAGAACGUCAUAUGUAUAUUUUAAAUGUUGUAACUAUUACAGAGUGUACGUAAUAUAACCUUGCAUGGAUAAAAUCAUGUGCUAGUUGAGAAGAAUAAUAAUAUAUACAUAUUUUUACUUUAUUAGUAAUACUCUAUUAAAAAUGUAAAUAAAACUUCAUAUAGUGAAAGUAAUUACUACGAGUAAUUUUACGAAUUAAAAUAAAUCAACAUGCAUUUACUAAAGCCAUAUAAAAAACGUUUACAUCUAUUAAGAAAAAGGAGAAAAGAUACAGAUAGUACAUCAGAUGAUAAUUCACAGAAUGAUAAUCAGUCAUCUAAAAAAAUAGAUACACCUGCAAAAAUGCUAGGAGAGAUGAAACAUUAACAGAAAAUGUUAUGAAAGAUAUAUUAAAUACAACAGACAGUGAUACUAAUAAGUGUCAAUAUUCCAAAAAUAGCUGUAUAACUAAAGAGGAAGAUCCAACUGUGAUGAAACAUAACAACAAAGACAAUCAAAUAAUGAGUGACAGCCAAAAAUCAUUAAUUAGCGUCCGUAAAAUGGAAGAUUUAUGUAAAACACCACAGAAAAAUAAUGUAUCUAACAAUUUAGAAAACACAGAAAAUAUUAAAGAAGAAAAUAUGAAUAGUCCUAAUAUUUCUAGCCCCUUCAUUUCAAACAUAAAUUCAUUGGAAUGGAAUUCUGAAAGUAUUAAAUCUUUAUUAGAAACACCUAUGUCUUGUAAAAAAGAAAUGCAUGAUUUUGAUAAUAAUACACCUAACAGACAAAAAAAAAGAAAAUUUAGUCUUGAUGUAAGUGACAUUGAUCAGAUGUCUGAUCCACUGAAAUUAGAAUUCUUACCAGAUAUGGAAGCUAUUGAUAUGUUGCAUGAUUUAAAUUCUAUAAUAGACUUUGAAGACAUAAAAAUACCUCCAGAUAUUCUCACUUCAACAGCUAACAAUACCAUGCACAAUGAGUAUGAUGUAGAAAUAUCCAAAGAUCCACUAACUGAUCCUCUUUAUAUUACAAGUAAUGAUGAGCAUGAUUUAACUGCUGAAAAUGUUAAUUACGAAAACAAGAGGAAACGAAUAAAAAAUCCGCGAAGUACAAAUAGACAAGUCAAGAAUGAAGAGUCUAGUGCUCAACAUAAUGUUGAAAGUGCUGAAAAAUCGAAACCCGAUACUAAUUACCUAAAAGAUAUCUUAGGAGAGUUGGAUAUUGAAUUAGAAUCGGAAACGGAAAAUGAAGAAAAAACAUUUGAACCUGACUUACGGAAAUUGUAUAAUUUGCAAGUAAAGAUAAUACACGAUGUACCGAAACAACAUACAAUUGAAAAUACAUCAGGUACAAGAACAUUAACAAGAUCUGAAAAACAACUAUUUUUAGAAUAUGGUCCGAUAAAAAGUGGUACGUUUUCACCUAAAGAAGAUAAAAUCAUUUUAAAUAAUUGGAAAACAUUUUGUGAGAUUCAUGAAUGGGAUCCGAAACACGUGAAGCCAUUUAUAUGUAUGAAAUACGGUACAAAAUUUUAUAUGAGAACCAAGGAACAAAGGAGAAAAUUUGUUCAGUUUCUAGGAAAUGGUUUACCAUGGAGAUCAUUAUUUAGUAUUUAUCGUCGAUUUAGAUAUCUACAUGAAGAUCACUCAAAAAGUUUCACUAGAUAUACAUUAUACGAAGAUCAACAAAUUUUAUCUCAUAUGAAGAAAAAGAAAAAGAAAAAGAAAUCACAUACAAAAUUUGCCGAACUAGCGAAAAUGUUAGGUCGUUCAAGUCACUCGAUAAGGUUGCGCUAUAAGCUACUAAAAAAGAUGAGAGAUAAAAAACAAAACCCAUUAUCAGAAGUUACAUGGACUUUAUCAUUAGUUGGUGAGUUCAUAAAAACCUUCGUGGAUAUAACAUUAUGCGAGAAUGUAAUUGAAUUAAAAGAUGCAAGCAUUCCCAAAGUAGUUUGGUUAAAAUUAGAAGAAAAACUGAACAUAGAUCACGAUGUAUUGAAACUAUUCUGGAUAUAUCAGUUACACAUGCAGUUAUUUUGUCCGGAACCUAUUUAUUUAAAUGACAUAAAAAUAAAACUGAUCGAAUACAUUUAUGAGAAAGGAAUCGGAAAUACACGAGAAAUAAUUUGGCCUAAGGUUGCAAAAUUUUUUGAUGGAAUCACUACUAUAUUUUUAUGUAAAACCUUUUGUAAUCUUGUAGCAGAAGCUGGUACAAAACUUGAUACAAGUAACUUCAGUGACAAAAUACGAUAUUCGUGCAGUAAUUCGCUGCUUUCGACUUUGAAAACGGAUUUAGUAAAGCAAUGAAGGGCAAGGAUAGCGAUGAGAUGAGCAGCAAUGUAAAUGAUAAUAAAAAAACUGCGAAGAAAACAUUGCUCUGUUAGGCCUCAUAAUUCUCCUCGCUUCGCUGGUCUACUAUAAUCCCAGAUAAUUAUCGACCAUCAAUGAAAUGCGUGCUUUCUUCGCAGUCUACUUAGGUGCGAAAUAAACACAACACAGCUAUAAAUUCACUGUUAACGUACAAGACAGUGUGGGGUAUUCAGGUAUGUAUGAGUAAGGCGCAAAAGCAUCGGUCGCUUCUAACAAAAUAUCAUCGAAUGGCUAUUGGACAUGCAAUAAAAACGGC